AUUAAAACUGUUCUUCUCUUUCUUUUUCUCAUUUCUCACUUAACCACCACUCGAUCCACUUGACACCACACAUUAUAAGUGUGCCUCAAAAAAAUCUAACAUUAUUCACUCAAACACAUCUCUCUUUCUUCUCUUUCACUCUCUUAUUUAAGAUUUAAAUCUGCUCAAAUGCUUGUAAACAAAUUCUAAGUUCUUUAAUCUAUUUCCCUUUUUGAGAAACCUUUUUUUUUUUUUUUUUCCAGAUAUAGAUCUUCUUGAUCUACAAUGGAUUCUGUUUCUCUUUCUGAGGUUACUGCCAUUAGAAGAACACAUUUGGGUUUUAUGCACAGUUUCAGACAACCAUUUUCUGGUGUUCCAAUACCUCCAAAGUUCUGUUCCUCCAAAGUUGGUGGACCAAAGGCAACAUUGUCAAGCAAUACAAAGAGCCAAUCUGUUUAUGGAGGAAGCAUAGCUGCAACUUCAGAUUCAGGUUACAAGAUCAAUGGAGUAAACCUAAAAAGCAGAACAUUGAUCAGUUCUGUUAAAGAAAGAUUAUUACUUGAUGCUUAUGAUGAUGAGUAUGGUGGAGUAAUAGUUGAUCAUGGAAAAUUACCAUCAAACCCUUACGCUUUCGCUUCUAUGCUUCGAGCUUCUCUAUCCGAUUGGAGAAGAAAGGGAAAGAAAGGAGUUUGGUUAAAGUUACCUCUGGAACAAUCAGAAUUAGUCCCAAUAGCUAUAAAGGAAGGUUUUGAGUAUCACCAUGCAGAGAAACGAUAUGUGAUGUUAACAUAUUGGAUACCAGAGGAGGAACCUAGUAUGCUUCCUGCAAAUGCUUCACAUCAAGUUGGUGUUGGAGGUUUUGUAUUAAAUCAACAUAAAGAGGUGCUUGUGGUACAAGAAAAGUAUUGUGCUCCAUCAAUUACAGGUCUUUGGAAGUUACCAACAGGGUUUAUUAAUGAAUCUGAAGAGAUUUUCUCUGGUGCUGUAAGAGAAGUCAAGGAGGAAACUGGGGUAGAUACAGAGUUCUCAGAGGUUAUAGCUUUUAGACAUGCUCACAACGUUGCAUUUGAGAAAUCUGAUCUGUUCUUCAUCUGUAUGUUGAGACCACUCUCUGAUAAGAUAAUCAUCGAUGGUCUUGAGAUCAAAGCCGCAAAGUGGAUGCCUCUGGCGGAAUUUGUGGAGCAACCGAUGAUAAGAGAAGACAAAAUGUUUAAGAGAGUGAUUGAAAUCUGCAAGGCGAGACUAAGGCAUCGGUACUGCGGUCUUUCUCCUCAUAGACUUGUCUCUACUUUUGAUGGCAAACCUUCUUCUCUCUAUUACAACGUUGUUGAUGAUGAUCAUGAUCCUUCCCACUCCAAUUGUAACACUGAUUAUUUAUAAAUAGACGGAUCAAACCGAACCAAAUCAAGUGGUUCGAUCCUGUAAAUACUUAUUCUCAUGUAAUGUAUGUUGUUAUUUAUUGAUACUCUCUUCUCUUCAGUAUAGUAAAUAGUAAUAGUUCCUUUGCAAAA